GCGACUGCGGCACCACGGGAAGUGACGUCAUGACGCCAGCAGAGUGCCGACGUGGCGUAGCUAAACAAACAUACGCGGGUCCGGUACGAGGAGCAGCCGACGUUUUUGUGCGUUUCAGGUUUCUAAAUGCUAUAUAUUCUCUUCAGUCGUCGGCUGCCAUAGCCAGAUGUAUGUUUUCCCUCCGUAGAGUGGCAGAAAAUGACAGGAAAAAGCCAACAUACAGGUUACCAUGCAGCCACAAUGGCACAGUCUUCCAACGGAGGGCAUACGUACACUUUUGGGAACAGUCUUGUCUCAGAAAAUGAGUUUUCUGAAGAAGAUGGGGAAUCCUUCGAGCUCAGACCCAGGGGGAAGGAGAGGUUGAAGCGGAGCACAUCGAGAGACAGGAUGGAUGACAUUGUUUACCUAGUUCGUGACAUCAAGGAGGGCGACACUUUGAAUGCCAUAUCUCUACAGUAUUUCUGCUCGGUUGCAGACAUUAAAAGGGCCAACAAUCUUCUGACAGAGCAGGAUUUUUUCGCCCUGCGUACCAUCAAGAUUCCGGUGAAGAGGUUCAGCAUCCUGACUGAGACCCAUGGCCUGGCUUCCCAGCUCCACGAGGAACCUCAUUUGGAUGCCGGGGCCGACUGUCCUUCCUCUAGGUGCUCAUCAUCAUCCUCCACCUCAUCUACAGACAGUGUGUGCAGCUUCCUGCAGGAGAAAGACAAGGACAUAGAGCAGCUGGUGAAGUCCACGGACCCAGCCCGGGGGAGCUUGAAUGAGGUCGUCUCUUCCCUGAGCUCACAGCACCUUCUGGGCGAGGCCGAGCGCCGACCAGCCCCAAGGAAGGACCCCUAUUAUGGGGCCGACUGGGGGCUUAGGUGGUGGAUGGCGGUGGCCAUAAUGUUGGUGGUUGGCAUCGUCACGCCGGUCUUCUAUCUACUCUACUAUGAGGUGUUAAUGAAGGAUGACGUUAGCCAUCAUGCCAGCACAGAGGCCCAGCAGCCACAGUCGAACACCAAGCUCACAUAGCUGGCAAGGAGGAACCCUCGAUGACUGAUGAGCAAGCUGCUUGUGGUCCACCUCUUUCAAUGGCCACGGCAAAGAGGACACCUAGCCCACUGCAGGGAGUCCAAAAUGUUUCAGUGCAAUCUUAGUCGGAAACGUAAUCUUUUUGCUGUCUGCACAUGUGAUCAAACUGGGAAACACUAGUGAGUUCUCUGAGAAAAUGGAGGUUGAGGAAUAUGAGUGGAAAAUCUGGACAUUCCACUUACUUUCUUAAAUUGCCUACAUUUUAUGGUGGACAAAAGAUGUGUUCAGCCCCCCCCCCCCCUCACCCCCCACCCAAUUGCUGCCUGUAGGUUAAUAUCAGGAAUUUAUUAAUUCUAUAAUUUAUUCAUGUGAAAACCCUUUACCAUAUGCACUUAGUGUCAGUGUAGAUGUUUUUUUGAGUGUACUCUGGAGUAUAUUUUGGACAACAAAACAUUUUAGUUUGUUGGUUUGUAAAUUUUCGGUAAAAUUAUUAACAGCAAUAUUUUAAUGGUCAGUGCUUUUGAAGGGCAUGGUUGUAAAAUGUGAAUCUGAUGACAAUUCUGUUAUUCACGAGUUCAUUUACAUUUGUAAUUUAAACAGCAAUUGCUUCUGGUUGUAAAUGUCUUCUAUAUUUUAGUAUGUGCCUUUUCCCCUGUGGAUUUCAAUAGCAAGUUCGUUUGGAUUUGAAUGGAAUAAAAGGUGUGUAUAUAUAGAUAUAUAUUUAUAAUAAACUGCAUGAUUUCACUUUUA